ACCAUGUCACAUUUUAUUCAUUAUAAAUGUUUAUAUGUUUGAAUGUAUGUUUGUACGAUAUUCACUAGUGUAUGUGCACGACACAUGCCAUAGGUGAAAUCAUGUUUAAAAUCCCUCGUAAUAUUAAGUUUGUGCCUUCCGACGCUUACUCACUUGUCGAUACCAAUUUCGACCAGUCAACGGACAUGCCAAAGCGGGACGCCUGGUUUACAUUGAUGUCUAAUAACAACCAUAACCUCACUCUUCGCUCGAUCCUCGACAAAGAUAAGUUGACCGGCUCUAACUUCUUAGACUGGCAAAGAAACCUCGUUAUCGUUCUUCGACUCGAGAAGAUAGAAUACGUGCUCGAACAAGCCAUCCCACCUGUCCCGGCCACCAAUGCUUCUAGAGCUAUCAAAGAUACUUAUGAGAAGCAUGUUAAUGAUGACAAUGAGGUGGCAUGUCUCAUGUUGGCUACGAUGACUUCUGACCUUCAGAAACAUCACGAGAGUAUGAAGGCGUACGAUAUGAUCAUACACCUAAGACAGCUCUACCAAGGACAAGCUAGGCAUGAGAGAUUCCAAAUCUACAAAGCUCUCUUUAGUUGCAAGUUGUCAGUUGGAAAUCCCGUUGGUCCGCAUGUUCUCAAGAUGAUUGGCUACGUCCAAACUCUUGAGAAGUUGGGUUUCGAACUAAGGACUGAACUUGCGACUGAUCUAAUUCUGCAAUCGUUGCCUGAGUUAUACAAGCAGUUUGUGGUUAAUUACAAGAUUCAUGAACUCCAUAAACCACUGCCAGAACUUUUGAAGAUGCUGCAAACUGGUGAAGAGAGCUUGACAAAAGGAAAGGGGAAUUCUGUCCUUCUAGUUCAAGGAGGAAAAGGCAAGAAGAAGUUCAAAAGGAAAAGAAGAAUGGGCCUACAUGCAAGGGUAACACCGAGCCAAAGUCCAAUUCUUCCAAGCUCAAGCCUAAAGGUGGAGUGGCUAAAGAUUCCAUUUGUCAUCACUGUGGUGAAGUUGGCCACUGGAAAAGGAAUUGCAAGCAGUAUUUGGCAACCAAGAAAAAGGGUGAAGCUUCUGCUUCAGGAACUGAAGAGAAGGAGUGUUGAUCUUGAAGAUGCAAGGAAAAGAAAGAAAAAGAGAGACAGAGGAACGAUAUACGGAGCUAACCGCCAGGGGAGACCGGGAACGAAACCGACGGAACAGAGCUGGACGCGGAGGAAGGAGACCGCCACUAGGGAGCCGCUCCACCAUCGGCCUCCGCCGCUUGCGUCACGGGAAAACAGCCCCGCCACCGUCUGCCAAUUUGACUUCCUUGUCCGUUGAAUUGUUUUGUUUAAUUCGUCAGUUAAUCGAGGUAACAGGAACGAUGAAUAAUGAGACGGUCUUGGAGGCAGCGAGGGCGAAGAGAUGGAUGGAUGCUAGCUGGAGGAGUUAUCUAAUUUAAUAUUCAAGUUUGAAUUAUUAUAUUUUUAAGGGCAACAACCCAAAGAUGUAUUUUGAUUAAGUACUUAAAGGCUUCCGCACCGUUUUGAUUAACUCUGAUGGAUGUUUAGAUAUUGUUUUGAAAUAAAUGUUUUAAAUUGUU